AUGGAAGCGCUGUACAGAAAUGUUCGUUUACCAGAGUCAGUACGCGGGAAGGGGGGUUGAAGGUCAUAUGCGCAAGCUCUAGUCAGAGCCCGUUGUCGAAUAGAAGAUAAGAAUUUAAACAUUUGCUUAAAUGAAGAUGAAGCACUGGGAUUUGUGAGAAUGUUAAUUAGUACCCACCUAUAUUCGGUAAUGUUUGACUGAUGUUUUGGACAUCUUUAAUACUGAACCUGAUCGUUUAUUUCAGACAAAAAUUACUGAAUUUUUCACUUGCACAUUGUGAGCCGAAUGCUAUCGAGGCAUUGUUGCAUUCAAGAAGUUUAUUGCAAACAAAGGUAACGGUAUUUUUCUUCUACGCUAAAUAUCAUACACGAGAAGGAGAAGCUAGCGUGUAUUCUUGAAGACCAAAUUAAACAGUACGUUUCAAUGUUUUUUACGCUGUUUUACAUUGCAGAUUCUUUAUUUUGAGCUGAGUGAAUUGAUGGAGGAAAUAGGGGAUCCGUUAGACUCGGUAUGUUUGUGGUUGCUCUCUAUCUUUGUAGAAAGUGGAAUGCUUUUACAUCAAAAGAGACGAAUGACCCUUGUCAUUCCGUGUAUUCUUCGGUAAAGGUGGAGUGACUUCUAGUGACACUAUCGAACGUUAGCAUCCAUCUUAAUUACAUGAUUUCUGUACAACAUGUUUAACUCAGCAGUGAGAUCUGUGGAACAUCAAAUCACUUUAUAGUAGCCUGUCAUAAACAUGACAUGUAUUACCUCUGCAUGAUCUAACCAGAUCAGUUUAAGGUAGUCCACAUUCAAGAACAUGUACUACCUCUGUAUGAUCUAACCAUGCUUAACUCAGCAGUAAGUUCUGUACAACAUCAGAUCAUUUUAAGGUAGCCCACUUUCAAGAACAUGUAUUAUCUCUGCAUGAUCUAACUAUGCUUUAACUCAGCAGUGAGUUCUGUACAACAUCAAGUCACUUUAAGACAGGGCAUGUACUACCUCUACAAUAAAUUUAUAAAGUAUUCUAUGCACUUCAGGACGAUCUAACAACGACUGGACAAAUAUCCAAAACAACGAGGACAAUCUUAUCCAGUGUCAGUGACGUAGGUUGGUGGACAGACACUUUACACUGGGUUAGACCAUUGCAUAAACCCACCAAUCAAAAUGAAGAACAGAGCACAGGGACAUCGCAUAAAGAACUGGAAUUUCAUUACCAUCCAUUUUAUGAAACAAUUCAAGAGAAAUUGGCUAAGGUGAGUCGAUGCCCGAUACCUGGUUAUAUCCUUCCAGCAUUAUAUCCAUUAAAACUUUAACCAACACCCUCUAAUCCAUAACUUUUGAAAAAAUCUUAUUAGAUUAUUUAAUGGCAAUGUUCUCUUUAGGAAAAGGGCAACACGGAUUCCGAGAAGACCGAGAACAACUCCACACACAUCAGUGAACUUCUUCUUCAAACUCAGAAACUGGCAGAAGAAAGAGCUGAAGGAUCUAUCGAGGAACCUGCUACUGAAGGUGACUACCUCUAAGAAGAACAGUUUAGAACUGACAGAGCUAUCCAGUAUAAGUAAAGUUCGUUUAGUUUAGGUUUCCUCCUGUAGUAACACUUGAUCAAUAAGAGAUGGUCUUUACUGGACCUCUAGAAAGAACAGUUUAGAACUGAUAAAGCUAUCCAGUAUAAAUAAAGUUAGUUUAGUUUAGGUUUCCUCCUGUAGUAACACUGCAUCAAUAAGAAUGAUCCUUACUGAACCUCUGGGGAGAGCAGUUAAGAACUGGUCGAGCUAUCCAGUAUAAAUAAAGUUAGUUUAGUUUAGGUUUCCUCCUGUAGUAACACUGGAUCAAUAAGAGAUGAUCUUUACUGGACCUUUAGGAAGAACAGUUUAGAACGGAUAGAGCUAUCCAGUGUAAAUAAAGUUAGUUUAGUUUAGGUUGCCUCCUGUAGUAGCACUGGAUCAAUAAGAGAUGACCCUUACUGGACCUCUAGGAAGAACAGUUAAGAACUGAUAAAAUUAUCUAAAUAAUAAUAUCUUAUUUUCUUCUAGUCCUAAUUCAACUCGCGGACGACUGUUUUCUAAAGGACACUGCACUCGCUUUGGCCUACCUACUUGCUUUGCCCGAGGUGAGUACUAAACAGGAAUUAUAUUGAUCAGCGAGGAAGAAAAUUGAAGUAAAGCUUCCUUAACACAACCCCAUAUUACUUGGGGCAAUAUUCAUAUCUGCAAGGUGUUUUUUUAUCUUCACAGUCGACAAAUGCGUACGAAUGUUUUGAAAAGCUUCCAAAUUCUGCACUGACCCUACAGCUCGCGUCCUACUAUUACGCUCUACAAGUUCACAGCCUGCUCAGCCCGCAAGUACAAGACACUCAGGCAUCACUUUACCUGCAUCCACCCGAACAUGUAGUAGACCACGUGAUCAACAGUAUUCGCGGCCGUGUAGAGACCGGGGAUGAUGUGAAGUUUCUCGCGUCUCAUUUAAAGAGAUAUCACACGCAACUCGCAGAUUUUGCGCAAGCCAGACUUCUCCAGGGAUUGGGACGAGGUUUGUCUAUCCGCUAAUAAUGCUAAUAAUAAUGAAAGUAACUUUUUGAAUGUCUAGUACACAUAGCGAGGGGGGGGGGGGCGUGUGGUUGCCGUAUUCACUCUAGUCGGAGGAGGCUUAUGAUACAAGUUCUUGGUAAAUAAGGGUUAGUUUUGGAUGAAUGAAAAUACCGGAGGACCAGAACCCUCAAAGCAUAUAUAUGAAUUUCUAAGUACAUCAAGUCAGAGAUUGACAGUGACCCCAGGGCUGCAAAAUAUAGCGGACCAUUGGUCCCAGAAAAUUUUUGAGAUUGGCAGAAAAAAGUGGAAGGUAAAACCGUAAGAGAUAAAAAGUCUUACAGGAAAGAAAGUGUAUUUUACUAAUUUUAGUGACAAUCACAGUUCACUUUAUCUACUAUAGAUCAUAUAGACGAAAAUACAUAUAGGCUAAUUUAUAACAUAAAAGAAUAUUUAUUCGAUAGCCAUGUUGAAAUAGGGUCUAUUUUCAACACCGAAAUGAUGUCUGAAGAUAGAAUUUUCUAGAAUGCGCUGAAUUUUAUAUAGUUGCGAUAAAAUUCUAAAAACCAUAACAUUUGCUGUCGUUCACUUGCAGAAAAUGUUUUCGUUGGCAUUGCAGCCGUGAGUGAUCCGUCCUAGAUUUUACCCAACCCCACGACCCACGGUAGCGGGAAGUAUAGUUGCGUCAGGGUGCUAUGCGUGGACAACGCACUAACCGCAUCUGUCGUCCUUAUUAAUUGCGGCCUAAACGUGUUUUAUGUUAAUUAGGAGUGGACAUCGGUCGAUUUACUCAGGAUGAAGAGUACAAGAGAGAAACCAUCCUGGGAUUGACUAUGUAUGUUGGAUGUUUCGAUUUAAUAUUUACUCUAUCUGUCUAUUUAAAUAAUUACUCGCAGAGUACACCUUGAUUUCUUGUUUUUCUUCGCUUUAGGAGUGUUGAUGAUCAGAUUUUCGAGACCGCGGUAGCGUUGGCUGAACGAUAUGACAUUUCAAAAUGGGAAAUGUUCAUGUCGCAUCUUGAAUGGCUGUUUACUGACAGCGAGUAAGUGAACGUAUAUACACGUAAACCGCACAAGUUGUUACAGAUUUGCAAACGAGGUUGUUGUCAAGCCGAUAUCAGGAUGUGUUCGCACUGCUUGUUCCCAGUUGCUGUGACAAGUCUGGAACAAAUUGUUAUCACCUUGUUAUAAAGUUGAUGGCUGAACAAGCGUGCUACAUGUUGCUCCAAUAAGACUAAUACAGACUGUUUGUACUGACAAGUUGCUACGAGCUUGUUGUCAUCAAUUUGUUAACAAUUGUUACGUGCAGACCAUGUCAGACUUGUUGGAACAACUUGUUGCGAGUCUGUUGGCCUCGUCAACCCUGUUACAAGAUGAUAACAACUUGUUCCAGACUUGUCAACAACUCGAAGCCAGCACUACGAAAACAUCUUGUUGACAAGGCUGUGAGAUUUUUCGCUUUUAUAGUUUGUUGUUUGUACGUUUUGUGUUUUGUACAGUCAUACAAUGUAACCAAAGCGUGCUGUGUUUACGUACCACAGGAGGCGUCAACGAAAUGAAUUGGAAACAAUUGAAAACAAUUUCUUUAUUAAACUUUCUCCUAUUUCUUUGUCAGACUGUCAACCAAGCAGCUUCAAGAUCGUGUCAGUGAAAGGCAAAUAAUGACAACACUCUUGGCACAACCAGAAAAAGUAAGCUAUUGGAUAUCAUUAAAAUAGAACCAGUAAAAUAUUUGACAACACAAGCAUAGUGUAAUAAAAUUAUAAAGCUUAAAUCCGCUACAGCUACUUCAAAAAUAUGUAGUCAGCUACAACUACUGUUACUUCUGAAUAAAGGUAGUUCGCUACUGACUACAGCUACAGCUUAAAAAUGUAGCGAAUUAUUUCGCUAUCUCGCUACGCUAUAUUUUUUAGUUUCACUGUAUUUGGAGCAUCUAUACUAACUCAGGCUGAAAUGUAACCUAUAACAAAUCGACUUACGAGUAGCAAAACGGUAAACACAAAGCAACAUUUUUGUAAGCACUACAGUGUUCAGGAGUGCAAUUGAGUAUUGAUUUUAAACAAGCCGUGUCUCAAUAUCAUGCUAUUCUAUCAAGUUGCUAACAAUUUUAAAAAGUAGCGAAUAGCGAUUCGCUGUUUGAAAAGUAGUCAACUACUUGGCUACUUUUAGGCAAAAUGUAGUUCGCUAUAACUACAGCUACUGUUUUAAAAAAGUAGUCAAAAACUACUGGCUACUUGAAAAUUGUAGUUCGCUACAGUAGCGAAUUUAACUACAACUACUUCGCUACUACCCACCCUUGCUUAAAUCGUUUAAUCUUAUAAGUUACACUUCUAGAACUUUUUUGGUUUAGGUAAUAAGUCGACUCCAGGAAUAUAUCUAUCCAGCAAUCGAUGGCAAACAAUUGGCUCGACUGCUCUAUUACUACAU